CAGGCUUCCUACCUGACCUCCUGCAUGACCUGUUUGAAGGUGUCAUUCCAGUGGAGUUGGCGCAUUGCUUAAAAGUGUCUGACUAAAGAAGCAGAACUGAAACAUCAGCAGAUCUCCCCAGCCUUCCGCCAAUGUAAAGAAACUACAACCUCAGAUGGAGCCAACAGAGAGAUUGAAGCUAAGGGUCAUCCUUGAUCCUGAUAAUGCUGAAAGACUAAUUUUACCAUCUUGCCCAAGCAGUGUACAAGCCCUCAUAGAUGAGAUCAGAACUAGGCUAAAGUUGACUUUUGACUUUCGGCUUCAGUUUCACGACCCAGAUUUUGGUAAUGCAUUGUGUAAUUUGGUUGAAAUAGAACACCUGCCAAGCACAGCAUCUGUCAAAGUUGUCAGAUUAGUUGAGCUGGACCAGAUUUCAACCAGCACUGAUGACACAAUCAUUCUGACUGAUAGUACUGAUAGCACAGAUACACCAGAGCGUAUUAGUCGGUGGCCAGAGGUUUUUAUUGUUCCAAUAUUUUCUUAUGAGAUGGAACAUGUGCUAAGGGAAGGUAAUGCAGCAUAUGAAAAAGAUGGGACAGUAAUUAGACUCCCUAGAGAUCAAAAACACAACAUACUCAAGACAAUGGGGGAAGAAAUCUUUAGACUGAAGGCAUAUCCUAGUAGCACACAAAUUGGCAAGGCUGCAGAAGCUUUAGUUAGAAAACAUCCCUGUUUAAAGGAGAGAAACUCUGACACCGGGUGGGAAGGAUGGAAGAAUAGUCUGAGACAUAAAAUAGGAAACCAAAGAAAGAAGUUUGCUAAAGCUGGCAUCAAAGAUGUAGCUGUAAAUUCUGGGAAGCGCAGCAGAACAAACCCAGAAGGAGCUGCACCAAGGGCCAAUAUUAAAAGACCUAGGAGAGGUGAGGUCAACUUCCUUCCCAGUUAUCCUUCUGGAGAAACAAGGGAGUCUCUGGAGACCAGGAGGGUUGAGAUGGUUGAGGAGUUCCAGAAGACCUCUGGUGAAAGAGCCAUCCCUCUUAUUCAUCAACACAUGAUGCGCACCUUUGCCCUCCGGCGUGAAGAGAUCAUCACAACUUCUCCUCCUGUGUCAGAACUUAAGGAAAGAUGGCCAGCACUCUUUUGUGAGACACAGCUCUACUGUGAAUUUCACCGGAUUACCAAUCAGCAUCUGCCACACGUGUUUUAUGCUGCAUUGGAUGAAUAUGCUCCUAAGCUGAUUGGACUUUACAAAAAGAAGAAAACUGGACGGGUUGGUGAAAAGAUGGACCAGCUUAUGUUGGCAUAUGAGAAACAGGACAAAAACGACAUUCAUGCAACAAGAACAACAGCCCUGGCUGGCCUACCCAUUUACCUCAAAGAGGAUUCUUCAGGCAUUUUCAAAACAUGCAAGGAUGAAAUGGAGUUCCAUGAAGGUGCAGUUGCUCUGGUUGCUGAUGUGGAUGAAGAAGAGGCGCCUGCUGGAGUUCCUUUCUCACCACGCCAAGUGUUCAUUGUGCUUGAGGAUCAGGUUGUAAUGACUUAUCACUCAUGGACUGAUGCACUGGUGUGUUUGUUUGGGCUAAUCUAUGCUCUACAUCUGAGCUAUCCUGUGAAGUGCAUUAGCUUUUUCGAGUUCAUUCAAGUAGUGUUGCUGAAGCUCAACGAUGAGAGAAAGCAACUUAAACCAAAGUUGCAGACACUGAAAAAUGAGCUGGUGUAGAUGGGGUUUGUUGUUCACAGGUUAGUACAUUCAUGCUUG